AUGUGGAAUUACAGCAUGAAACACAGAAUCAGUGUGUUCACAAAACCACAACCAGUGACACAAGAGCUGCAUUAUUUUUUUCCUCUCUUGAAAACUAUUUGUUCAGACGUAAUGAAUUUUUUUCACAUCAUUGCAGCCAUCACAGUGAUGGCAGAAAUUACCCUUGGAAGCGUUGCCAAUGUCUUCAUUGUUCUGGUAAACUUUACCGACUGCAUCAAGAGAAGAAAAAUCUCCUUAGCUGAUAGAAUUCUCACUGCUCUGUCCAUCUUCAGGCUUGCUUUUCUUUGGGUAAUAUUCAUGAAUUGGUGCUCAACUGUGUUUAUUCCAACUUUAUUAACUAGACAAGUAAGAUUUAUUGUUUAUUUUGUCUGGGCUGUAACAAACCAUUUUCAUACCUGGCUGGCAACGAUACUCAGCAUACUGUAUUUGCUGAAGAUAGGCAAUUUCUCGAACCUUAUUUUCCUUGGCCUAAAGGGAAAAAUAAAGAGUGUCAUUAUAGUUGUACUUUUGGGGAGUUUGGUGUUAUUGCUUCCUAAUCUCAUGAUGGCAACCAUGUUCGAGAAAGUCCAAGUGAAUGGUAUCAAAGGCAAUUUGACUGAGAAGACCAAAUUGGCUCAUGUCAUAAACCUUACAGUUAUGAUGGCAAUCACGCUAAAUGUCAUUCCCUUCACCAUGUCUAUGAUCUGUUUUCUGCUGUUAAUCUAUUCUCUGUGUAAACACCUUAAGACAAUGAAGCUUUAUGGAAAAGGGUUCCACGAUCCAAGCACUACGGCCCACAUUAAGGCUUUGCAAGCUGUAGUCUCCUUUCUGUUGUUAUUUUCCAUGUUCAUUCUGUCUCUGAUCAUAUCAGGUUAUAAUUAUACGAAGUCUCUGGAUGAGCCAGUCCACCUGAUUUGCCAAAUUAUUGGAAGUUUGUAUCCUUCAAGCCAUUCCUACAUACUGAUAUGGGGAAACAAGAAGAUCAAACAGGCCUUUGUGUCAGCGAUGGUGCAGGUGACAACAAGGCUCUGGCUGAAAGAACGGAAACCUCAAAUCCCUCCCACCGCCAUUUAA